AAAAUAAAAGGUUUUCCCGGAAAUGCACUGUUUUUCCUGACAGUUUUGUUAAAAGAAAAAAAUGGCGGCGUCCAAAGAUUUCUAUUUACGAUAUUAUGUUGGACACAAAGGAAAGUUUGGGCAUGAAUUCUUGGAAUUUGAAUUUCGUCCUGAUGGAAAGCUGCGGUAUGCCAAUAACUCAAAUUACAAGAACGAUACAAUGAUUAGAAAGGAGGCCUAUGUACACAAGUCUGUAAUGGAAGAGCUGAAGAGGGUUAUUGAAGACUCGGAAAUUAUUCAAGAAGAUGACGCAUUGUGGCCACCUCACGACAGAGUUGGUCGUCAGGAGCUUGAGAUUGUUAUUGGAGAUGAACAUAUAUCAUUCACAACAUCCAAGAUUGGAUCUCUAGUGGAUGUUAACCAAAGCAAAGAUCCAGAGGGACUGAGGACCUUUUACUACCUUGUACAGGAUCUGAAGUGUCUUGUGUUUUCACUCAUUGGACUUCACUUCAAAAUCAAGCCUAUCUAAAUGUUUAUCAACAAAAUGAACAUCCAUUUUGUUCAUUCUUCAUUUCUAUGUAGAUUUCAUUUUUGUUCUCUUUUAUUUCAUUAAAACGUGUUUAUAGGU